CCGAUGAGGGGCCGCAUCUUGCGGGUCUGGCGGGGAGGGUGGAGCCGCGGGCGGGGCCGGGGGACGGUAGCCGCCGGCGAGGCCCAGAGGAGGCGGGAGAAGCCCCCCUGGAGGGUCCUGUUCUUCGGCACCGACAGCUUCGCGGCCGAGACCCUCCGAGCGCUCCGGGCUGCCCGGGAGCCGGGACCGGAUCCGCUUGUAGAUCGCCUGGAGGUGGUGACCUUACCAUCUCAGCUGCCAAAGGGCCAUGCUGUCAAGAACUAUGCGGAUCAGUUUCUGCUCCCCGUCCACCUCUGGCCAGAUAUCGGGCCUUGUGAGCACUUUGAUGUCGGUGUGGUGGCAUCCUUUGGGCGUCUGCUGAGCGAGGACAUCAUCCUGAAAUUCCCAUAUGGCAUGCUGAACGUCCAUCCCAGCUGCCUUCCACGGUGGCGCGGCCCUGCGCCAGUAAUCCACACGGUGCUCCAUGGCGAUACAGUCACUGGGGUGACAAUCAUGCAGCUCAGGCCUAAAAGGUUUGAUGUCGGUCCCAUUAUCAAACAGGAAACCAUCGCUGUCCCGGCCCGCUGCUCAACGAAAGAACUGGAGUCGCUGUUGUCGAAACUAGGUGCAAACAUGCUCAUUGCAGUCCUUCAAAAUUUACCAGAAUACUUACGGAACAAGAAAGAACAGCCAAAGGAAGGAGCGACGCUUGCUCCCAAAGUCACUGUUUCGAUGAGCUACAUCCAGUGGGAAGAACAAACCUCCGAGCAAAUCCUGCGGAUGCAUCGCGCCUUGGGAGCAACGAUGCCUCUACAGACCCUGUGGAUGGGCACCGUUGUCAAGUUGUUGGAUUUAGUGGACGUGGACGCUGGCCUUCCUGGGAGGUCGGCAACGGAACCUGGAUCAAGCCCCGGAUCAGUGGUCUACCAUAAGCAGUCACAGACAUUGAUGGUUCGUUGCAAGGAAGGCUGGGUCGGCGUCAGAGCCCUCAUCCUGAAGAAGAAACUGACGGCCACCGACUUCUACAACGGCUACCUGCACCUGUGGUUUCAGCAGGGUUCCAAGAUGCCCCCCGGAGAGUGCAGGUUCCAAACGCUCAAGCCGCCAGCGGCAAAAAAGGCUCCCGAAGGAGCAGGACUCUGCGUGCACAACAGGCAGCACUGACAGGGCAAAGGCUUCCCGGUUGGAGGACCCCGGUGCUGUUGACUCUGGCAAGAAGGGACACUGGGAUUUUUUCCUGUUGGGUCUGCACCUGAGGCACGAUGCUGGUGGCUCACUGCAUAGCCAUCUGGCCGACUUGAAAACUGUAAGAGGGGAAGGUUGGGAAGAGCCAAAAUCUGGCCGAGGUGGUGUGCACGACUGCUAUGGAGUUCAGGCUACCAGAAUGGUGAAUUCUGGGGUGCUUGGAAAUUGACCGUUUUUUUCAGCUUUCCCAGGUGGGUUUGCUAGUCCUGACUACGGAGCAAUGGUGUGCUUUUGUUGUA